UUUGAAAGAUGAAAGAGGAUGAUGAAGAAAAAAAAUAAUGAAGAAUCAGUCAAUGUUUGUUCAACUUAUUAUAAGAAAAAUUGACUACACAACAAAUAACGAAAGAAGAUAAACGUUUUCCAGUAAAUUCAACAUAUAAUUAGCAAUGUUACUUAAAAGUGUUGUGGUCUCUCUAUGGAUAAAUUUCCCUAUUUCUUGAAUUUCCCACUGCAACUGCAUGUUUAACUAUCCAUAUAUAGGUUUCAUCUAUUUAUAGUCACUGGAGAUUUUUUAUGGAAACCACCCCAUAGUACCAAUAAUGAGAAAAAAAAAAAAAAAAAAACAAGCUCACAUAAUGCCAUAGGAAAAUUAGAAAUAUUUGAUAGAGCAGUAAUUUGGUAAUAUGAUGUAGCACUCUCCCUAGGUAAAUUAAAGUUAAACAGAUAAUAUUAUAGAAAGUAUACUUAAUUCUACUCGUAAAGAGGGAAGAGCUAUGGUCCAAAAUUGUUUUGGUAGUUGUAGAAGAAAGAAAAAGGUUGGUUUACUAGCUUCUCAUCCGUUUUCCUAUUCACCAGCUUCACAAAGUGCAGUUAUAUUGUAAGUAACUUCACAAAUUAUCACCCUUGAACAACUUCAGUUACCUGCAAACUACUUGUUCUACGUUUUCUCGUUAAUAUUAAUUACUACUGCUCACACAAGAAACCAAUAAUCAACAUGGGAAGUGGCUCAAAAAUCACUCAGAAAUGGAUGUUGUGUGCAUUUGGUAGUUUCGUUGGCUGCUUCAUUUUCUUGCUAUACCUUAAGCACAAGAACGAGGCAGUGCAUUUCAGGGCUCUGCGGCAUGCCAUGUUCAAUGUGACAUUGUCUUUAGAUGACAGCGUUUUCCUUCCUGGAAAUGUUGAAAUCUCGAAAGCAGCAAGAAGCAGAGAAGAUGAAGGGGAUGUAAUACAGAAAAACAGCGAGAAUAAGUGCAACAUAUUUGAGGGCAGAUGGGUUUAUGAAUCAAAGGGAAGCCCAUACUAUGAAGCAGCACAAUGUCCAUUCCUUAGUGAACAAGUGAGCUGCCAGAAGAAUGGAAGGCCUGAUUUUGACUACGAAAAUUGGUCUUGGGAAGCUCAUGAUUGUGUGAUCCCACGAUUCAACGGCAGAGAUAUGUUGAAGAGGCUUAGAGACAAGAGGGUCAUCAUAGUUGGAGAUUCACUAAACAGGAACCAAUGGGAAUCUCUUGUGUGUCUUCUUUAUUCUACAAUUCCUCCUUCAAGAGCCCAUCUUGAUUUUAGCAGUAGCUCCUAUAAAGUCUUCAAAGCUAAGGACUACAACGUUACUGUAGAGUUCUACUGGAACCCAUUUCUUGUCCAGUUCGACUCAAAAAGUUCUCCUAAAAUUGUAAGGCUGGAGACACUCGAUCUAUCGUCUCCGCAUUGGCAAGGUGCUGACAUUAUGGUAUUCAACACGGGCCAUUGGUGGGUGCAUCGUGGGAAGUUCAAGGCGUGGGACUUAUUCGAGUACAAGGGACGAUUAGUUGAUGACCUGAAGUUGGAAUCAGCAUUUGAGGAGGCAAUGAAGACCUGGGCAGAUUGGAUAGAUCAGAAUGUUAACUUGACAAAAACAACAGUUUUCUUUAGAAGCAUUUCCCCAGAACACAAAGGUCAAAAUGGAUGUUACAAUAAAACACAACCGAUCACAGAUACAUCACAUGUAACACCAUUGCCUGAGUCCGUGAUGGAGAUUACUGAUAGAACAUUGUCAAAAAUGAGAGUCCCCGUAAGAUAUUUAAACAUUACCAAGCUCUCAAAGUACCGCGAAGAUGCACAUCCAUCAAUCUAUGCCAAAAAGACAGGACUAGCAUCGAUGAAGAGAAAAUUAAAGCCACCGUCUGAUUGCAGCCAUUGGUGCCUGCCUGGACUGCCUGAUACAUGGAAUCGGUUACUAUAUGUAUCUCUGGUUUUGGAUCACCCCACAGAUUCCCCUAGUCUAUCACAUUUGGUUUCCUGAAAAUCAGAGAUUUACCCUCAGUACACUAUUAUUGUUGUAUUAGUAUGGAUUGUGGUGGCAAUUACACACCAUAUUUGCUUAACCCCAUAUACAACCCACCCAGUUUAAAUAUGGUUAAAUUUAGGCUAAA